GUUCGAGUGUACAUAGUCAGACACGGCGAGACCGAGGACAACAAGCUGCGCAUAGCAGCCGGGCACAAUGCUGGGGAGCUCAGCGAGCUGGGGAAGGUGCAGGCCAAGUGCCUGGGGGAGCGACUGCGGGACGAGCCGAUCGACUUCAUCUUCUGCUCCGACCUGAGGAGGACGACGCAGACUCUCGAGCUGAUCAGGCAGGAGCUGGGCAAGGAGCUGCCGACUGUCCUCGAGCCUCGGCUGAGGGAGAAGCAUGCUGGAUCGCUGGAGGGGAAGAAGCUGGGGAUCUCAGAGCGCAUGGCCAAGGCCGCCGGAGUUCCCCUGCGAUGCUUCCGACCGCCAGGAGGGGAAUCCUGGAAUGAUGUCGCGCAGCGCGCGAGGGGUUUCAUGAAGGAAGUGCUAUCCUUAUGUUCGACUUCCUCGCUACAUCAGAAGAGCUACGGUUUACUCCUUGUCACACACGGUGGUUUCAUCAAGGAGUUGGUGAAUUCUUUG